AUGGUCCGCCUCAAACACCGCUACCUCCUCCUUGAUAUCCUCUACCCCGAUCCGUCGACAUGGCCCGCCACGGGCGCGAAAAGUACCCCCAAAUCUCAGUCCCAGUCGCAAUCGCAAUCGCAAUUACAGAUCCAUUCGCCUACGUCUGAUGCUUUGACACCGAGUUUGUUGGCUAAGAUGGUUCGCGAGGAAGUCGCGGAAUUGUUUGGUGAUUAUGGGGUUGGGAGGUUAGGUGGUGCUGGGGCGGGGGGUGUUAGUGUGAAAUAUCUUUCGCCUGCUACGUCAACGGCUAUUAUUCGCUGUCCGCGCGCGUCUUAUCGUUUGGUGUGGACGGCUCUCACAUGUAUGUCUCAGGUGCCUGGGCUUACUGAGAAUGGGUCGAGAAGAGCGACGAGCUCGAGGGCUUGUGUGUUUCGUGUUAUUCGGGUGUCUGGGACGAUGCGCAAGGCGGAGGAAGAGGCGAUUCGACGCGCCAGGAGGGAGAUUGUCCGGUUGAAGGGCGCGGAUGAGAGUGGGGUGCUGGAGGGGUUGUUGGGUGGG